CUGUGCCCCCCCAGUCACCCCCCGGCCCCCCUGGACCUGCCAGGGAAGGUUUCCCAGUUGGAAGCGAUGCUGAAACAGCUCCACAGUGACCUGGAAAAGGAGAAGCAGGACAAGGUGGUUCUCCAGGCCGAGGUCGCCAACCUGCGCCAGAACAACCGGCGGCUGCAGCAGGAAUCCACCUCGGCCGCGCGGCAGCUCCGGCGCUUCGCCAGGAUCUUCUCCGGGGCCGGGGCUGCCGAGGAGCCCUGAGGGGCACGGGGGGGUCUGGGGGGGCUCCGGGAUCAUCCCCCGGGGCAAAGAGACCCCCCGGGACAGCGACGUCUCCUGUGGGAUCGUCCCCGUGGGAUCGGGAACAGCCGGAGCUUCUCCAGAACUUCUCCAGGAUCUUCUCCAGCACUGGGGCUGCUGAGGAGCCCUGAGGGGCACAGGGGGGUUUGGGGGGUCUCCAGGAUCAUCCCCCGGGGCAAAGAGACCCCCCCAGGCAAGGAGAGCCCCCCCGGGACAGCGAUGUCUCCUGUGGGAUCGUCCCUGUGGGAUUGGGAACAGCCGGAGCUUCUCCAGAACUUCUCCGGAGCUUCUCCAGGGCCAGGACCACCAACGACCCCCGAGAGGGAUGGGGGGUGACCAGGGAGGCUCCAGGACCCCUCUGGGGGCACCGAGACCCCCCUGGGGACACCGAGACCCCCCUGGGGACACCGAGACCCCCUUGGGGACAAGGACACCCCCCCGGGAUCCACAACAAUGCCAGGAUCAUCCCCAUGGGAUCGGGAACAGCCGGAGCUUCUCCUGGAGCUGUGACUGGGAUGGAGGAUCUGGGGGGGGCUCCGGAGGAUUUGGGGGGCUCUGGGACCCCCCCUUGGGGAUACCGAGACUCCCUUGGGGACAAGGAGACCCCCUUGAGGACACUGAGACCCCCCUGGGGACACUGAGACCCCCUUGGGGACAAGGAGACCCCCCUGAGGACACUGAGACCCCAAGAAUCCCGGGAUUGUCCCCGUGGGAUCGGGAGCAGCCGGAUGGGACCGAGGGCGUCCGUUGGAUCCAUCCCGGGGACUUUUUGGGACUGGGGGGUCUCCAGAUGGGACCGAGGAGCUCCCACAGGGACCUGGGGGGGUCCAGAUGGGAUUGGGGGGACCUGGACCCUCCAUGUGGGAUCCGGGGUGUUCCUGUGGGGCCGGGACCCUCCCUAUGGGACCACAAGCUCUAUAGGGGACCAGGACCCUCCAUAUGGGACUGGGGGGGACCAGGACCCCCCAUAUGGGAUUGGGGGGACCAGGAGUGUCCCUAUGGGAUCGGGGGUGUCCCUGUGGGGCCAGGACCCUCCCUAUGGGACUACAAGCUCUAUAGGGGACCAGGACCCUCCAUAUGGGAUUGGGGGGACCAGGACCCUCCAUAUGGGAUCGGGGGGGACCAGGACCCUCCAUAUGGGAUUGGGGGUGUCCAUACAGAGCUGGGACCAUCCCUUUGGGGCCAGGACCCCCCAUAUGGGACCAAGACACUCCAUAUGGGAGCAGGAGCUUCCAUAGGGGACCGAGGGGAUCCAGACAGAGCCAGGACCGUCCCUGUGGGGCCAGGAGGCUCCAUAUAGGGCUGAGGGAGCCCUGUGGGGCCCAGGACUGUCCCUGUGGGGCCGAGGGAUCCCUAUGGAGCCCAGGAGUCUCUGUAGGGCCCAGGACUCUCCCUAUGGGGCCGAGGGAUCCUUGUAGGGCCCAGGACUGUCCCUGUGGGGCUGAGGGGUCUCUAUAGGGCCAAGGACUUUUCCUGUGGGGCCCAGUGGUCCCUAUGGGGCCAAAUGGUCCCUAAAGGGCCCAGGACUGUCCCUAU